UAAUACCUCCCUCUACCAUAAUUCAACUCCGAAAUUGAAAAGAGGGAAUUCUAACGCCACUACCAAGUUGCUCCCACACUCCCUUCACUUUUUCUCUCACAUUCUCGGAAAUACUCUCUUUUCCGUUUGCUCUUUCUGUCACUUUCUUGCGAAAAAAAAUGUCACAUGGGAUGGGAAAGUGCCAGAAAAUCCGUCACAUUGUCCGAAUCCGAUUAAUGCUCAAGCAGUGGCGAAGGAAGGCCCGCAUAACGGCCAGCAGCAGCAACAACAAUAACGGACGCGCACCGUCUGACGUUCCUGCUGGACACGUGGCUGUCUGCGUGGGCACCAGUCUCAGGAGAUAUAUCGUACGCGCUACGUACCUUAACCACCCAAUCUUCAAAAAGCUCCUCGUACAAACCGAAGAAGAGUACGGUUUCAACAACGUAGGACCGUUAACCAUCCCAUGCGACGAGUCGUUCUUCGAAGAGAUACUCCGAGUCGUCUCCCGAUCUGGCGCAUCAAACUCGGGCCGUUUCUCUACUUUGGAAGAUCUUCAGAGAUGCUGCCACGUUGGCAUGAAGAAUAAACUCGGGUUCUUCAGCGAAUCUCGACCGUUGCUUCACGGGGUCGCCGACAAAUCGGUCUACUUAAAAGGCUAAAGCAAGCCAGCCAAAAAGUUACCAACACUUCUGGGUCGACUCGGCUGAUUUACCCCGAGUUGGAAGCGCUAACAACUGUAUUUUGAAAUUGAGUUUGUUAGGGUAUAAAUUAAUUAUUAUUAUUAAUUUGAGUGAAUUUGUGGGUAAUUUUUAAGUUUUUUUUUUAAACGUUAUGAUUAUAUAGUUAAUUAACGAGAUGGCGAAGAGGGGUUGUUUUCACCGAGUCAUCCCAUCCCCAGUGGAGGAGAGUGAAGAAGGCUAAGCAUAAUUUAUUAUUAUCUCUUGUAAAUCCAGUGACUUUGAUUGACUAAUUCUAGGAAUUUCAGAGAGAUAUA